UCAAAGCUGGUGGAUCCCAGAGCAGCAGCAAGGUGUUUCCUUAUAAAGAUUCACUCACUUCAGAUGCAGUCCUGUGUCUGGCUCUUGGCUCUGUCUGUGGCAGCAGCUCUAACAGGAGACACUGUUGCUGCUGUUGUAUACGAGAAAUCUGAGAGGAACUGCUCCUUGUCCCCACCGUACCUCCCCACCACAGCAGUAAAUACUACUCUCCAGCUGCAGGAGUUACGAGAGCGAAUGCGUCCCCUGAAUAUCUCUGCCUACAUUAUCCCUGGCACCGAUGCCCACCUGAGUGAGUAUAUCGCACCGCGUGAUGCCAGGAUGGCCUUCAUGACCGGCUUUACAGGCUCCGCAGGAACUGCCAUAGUUACCCCGACCAAGGCAGCUCUAUGGACAGACAGCCGAUACUGGGUCCAAGCUGAGAGACAGCUGGACUGCAACUGGGAGCUGGAAAAAGAUGUGUCCAUCAUGAGUAUAGCGGAGUGGCUCAUCUCUGAGGUUCCAUCAGGAGGCGAGAUCGGCUUUGACCCCUUCCUCUUCUCCCUCCAGACGCAGGAGAACUACAACAUGAAUCUGGACUCAAGCAAUCGCAGCCUAAAGUCCAUUCCUGCCAAUCUGGUGGACAAAGUGUGGACGAGUAGGCCGUCCAUCCCUCCUGACGACAUCACGCGCCUGCCUGACAGAGUCAUACAAAGGUCCUGGCAAGUGAAAGUGGAGGACAUAAGGAAUCAAAUGAAGGACAAUCCAUAUGAACCGACAGCUCUUCUGCUUUCAGCUUUAGACGAAACAGCCUGGCUGUUUAAUCUGCGUGGCAACGACAUCCCAUACAACCCCUUCUUCUACUCCUACACACUGCUCACAAUGGAUCAGAUAUGGCUCUUUCUACACACGGACAGAGUUUCCGAGGAACUGAGGAAGUACCUGAACGCUUCCUGUGAAGGGCCGCUCUGUGUGCAGCUGAAACAGUACGACACUGUCAGAGAUGUUCUGAAGGACUAUGUGGCCCAGCCUGAUGUCAAAGUGUGGAUCGGCACAGAGUACACAAACUAUGCACUGUAUGAGCUCAUUACACCAGAGGAAAAACUAAUGACAAGCUCCUACUCUCCUGUGCUGACGACUAAAGCUGUGAAAGAUGAAACUGAGCAGCGUAUCUUGAGGGACGCUCACGUGAGGGAUGCAGUUGCAGUCAUCCAGCUGCUGAUGUGGCUGGAGAAGGCUGUGCCACAGGGGAAGGAGACCGAGCUGACAGCUGCAGAAUACGUCAAUCUGUGUCGCAGCAAACAGAAGGAUAACAGAGGGCCAAGCUUUGAGACGAUCUCUGCAAGCGGACCUAAUGCUGCCCUGGCUCAUUACAGCCCUGCAAAAGAAACAACCCGGAAGUUGACAGUUGAUGAGAUGUACCUGGUCGACUCUGGCGGCCAGUAUCUAGAUGGGACCACUGACAUCACACGAACAGUUCACUGGGGAACCCCGACAGCUAUGCAAAAGGACGCCUUCACUCGAGUGCUCAUGGGAAACAUUGAGAUAUCUCGAACCAUAUUCCCUUCAGGAACAAGAGGUGUAAAUAUGGAGAUGCUGGGCCGCAGAGCACUGUGGGAGGUGGGCCUGAACUACGGCCAUGGCACGGGUCAUGGUGUUGGGAACUACUUUGGAGUUCAUGAGUGGCCGGUUGGUUUUCAGGGCAACAACAUUCCCUUCAGAUCAGGCAUGUUCACAUCUAUAGAACCUGGGUACUAUAAGGAGAAUGACUUUGGGAUCCGGAUUGAAGAUGUCGCUGUAAUCGUGCCUGUACAAACAAAGUAUGGUCACAACUACCUGACCUUUGACACUGUGUCAUAUGUCCCAUAUGACAGAAAGCUGAUUGACACCUCUCUCCUCAGCUCAGAGCAGCUUCUUUGGCUGAAUAAUUACUACGAGAGCAUCCGUAAGAUAGUGGGGCCUGAGCUGGACAAACAGAAACUGAAGGAGGAAAAGGAGUGGAUGCUCAAAAACACAGAGCCCUUCUCUGCAUCUGGAUCCUCUGCCUCUGUCUGCUCCUCCUCUCUGACUCUCAUAGCUCUGGCCGUCACUCUGCUCCACAACAUCAACUGAACUUCAGCUCUCUGCUACCACUUGCACACUAAUGUUUACCCUAUGCAGUCUCUGACGAGCAGCUACACCAGGUUGAGAGAUGCACUGCAGUUUAGGCUUUUUCAGAUGAAUGGGUGUAUUUGUUGAUUUAUUUAAUGAUUUAAUUUUGAGGGGAAAUGGCUGAUGUUGUGUAAAAAGUUACAAAUGAUUGUUUGUGUGAAUUUUGAUGUUUACGCUUCUUGGUUAUAUUGGAUAUUUGUAUAACCUGCUGAUAUAAUUUCUAUUUUAUUAAAGUAAAACUCUUUAAAACAAAGUUGUGCAGGAGUCAUGAAGCUGAUCAUUUUAACAUGAUGUGAGCAGCUCCUAGGCUGACCAAUGGUUGUUAAAUUUUCUGCUGACAUAAGCAGGACCUUUAAAAUUUUCAAGGGAAAAAGUAUCCCUUAGGUGCCAAGCAGGUGUCAGAUUUCUAUGCAUUGAAAAGUGUCCCCAAGGUUCCCUGGUGCACAAUUUUUGUCAGGCAAAAAUGUCUCAUUGGUGUAAAUAGUCUACAACAGUCUGCAAGGCAAGUUUACUUAUAGCACCAUUAAUAGAUACAUCAAUUCAUAGUGCUUUACAGAGUUAAAAACAAAUUAAUAACAGCAUUAAAAGACAUAUUGCAUUGAACAAACAUUUAUAUGAAAAUAUGAAAUCUAUUUU